AUGCUGCGGAUGGUAUCUGCGGUUCUCCAGUUCGGCAACAUUGUACUAAAGACAGAACGGAACACUGAUCAAGCCACCAUGCCUGACAACACAGCUGCGCAGAAGCUCUGCCGCCUCCUGGGAAUGGGGGUAACAGAUUUCUCUCGAGCCCUGCUCACCCCCCGCAUCAAAGUUGGCCGAGAUUAUGUGCAGAAAGCCCAGACCAAGGAACAGGCUGACUUUGCACUGGAGGCCCUGGCCAAAGCUACCUACGAGCGCCUCUUCCGCUGGCUGGUCCUGCGCCUCAACCGUGCUUUGGACCGUAGCCCCCGCCAGGGCGCCUCCUUCCUGGGAAUCCUGGACAUCGCAGGCUUCGAGAUCUUCCAGCUGAACUCCUUCGAGCAGCUCUGCAUCAACUACACCAAUGAGAAGCUGCAGCAGCUCUUCAACCACACCAUGUUCGUCCUGGAGCAGGAGGAGUACCAGCGCGAGGGCAUCCCCUGGACCUUCCUCGACUUUGGCCUCGACCUGCAGCCCUGUAUUGACCUUAUUGAACGGCCGGCUAACCCCCCUGGGCUCCUGGCCCUGCUGGAUGAGGAGUGCUGGUUCCCAAAAGCCACGGACAAGUCAUUUGUGGAGAAGGUAGCCCAGGAGCAGGGCAGCCACCCCAAGUUCCAGAGGCCUAGGCACCUGCGGGAUCAGGCUGACUUCAGUGUCCUGCACUAUGCAGGCAAGGUUGACUACAAGGCCAAUGAGUGGCUGAUGAAGAACAUGGACCCUCUGAAUGACAAUGUGGCCGCCCUGCUUCACCAGAGCACAGAUCGGCUAACAGCGGAGAUCUGGAAAGACGGAGACAUCGCUGGGAAGCUGGAGCCACGGCUGGUGCUGGACCAGCUACGCUGCAACGGUGUCCUGGAAGGCAUCCGCAUCUGUCGCCAGGGUUUCCCCAACCGUAUCCUCUUCCAGGAGUUCCGGCAGCGGUAUGAAAUCCUGACACCCAAUGCCAUCCCCAAGGGCUUUAUGGAUGGGAAGCAAGCCUGUGAGAAGAUGAUCCAGGCCCUGGAGCUGGACCCCAACCUCUACCGUGUGGGACAGAGCAAGAUCUUCUUCCGGGCAGGGGUCCUGGCCCAGCUGGAAGAGGAACGGGACCUGAAGGUCACAGACAUCAUCGUGUCCUUCCAGGCAGCUGCCAGGGGAUACAUGGCUCGCAGGGCCUUUCAGAAGCGGCAGCAGCAGCAGAGUGCCCUGAGGGUGAUGCAGCGGAACUGUGCGGCCUACCUCAAGCUGAGGCACUGGCAGUGGUGGCGGCUCUUUAUCAAGCUUGAAGAGGAGCGCACCCACCUGGCAGAACAGCUACGAGCAGAGGCAGAGCUGUGUGCUGAAGCUGAGGAGAUGCGGGCACGGCUGGCAGCCCGCAAGCAAGAACUAGAGCUAGUCGUGUCGGAGCUGGAGGCUCGUGUGGGCGAGGAGGAGGAGUGCAGCCGGCAGUUCCAAACUGAGAAGAAGAGGCUGCAGCAGCAUAUACAGGAACUAGAGACCCACCUCGAGGCUGAGGAGGGGGCAAGGCAGAAGCUGCAGCUGGAGAAGGUGACAACAGAGGCAAAGCUGAAGAAAUUUGAGGAGGACCUGCUACUCUUGGAAGACCAGAAUGCCAAGCUGAGCAAGGAAGAGAAAAUCAAGAGCCUCAAUAAGCUGCGACUCAAAUAUGAGGCCACAAUUGCAGACAUGGAGGACCGCCUGCGGAAGGAGGAGAAGGGCCGCCAGGAGCUGGAGAAGCUGAAGCGGCGAUUAGAUGGGGAGAGCUCAGAGCUGCAGGAACAGAUGGUGGAGCAGCAGCAGCGGGCAGAGGAGCUGCGGGGCCAGCUGGGCCGCAAGGAAGAGGAGCUGCAGGCUGCGCUGGCCAGGGCAGAGGAUGAGAGUGGGGCCCGAGCUCAGCUGCUCAAAGCCCUGAGGGAGGCACAAGCAGGCCUGGCCGAGGCCCAGGAGGACCUGGAAGCUGAGCGUGCAGCCAGGGCCAAGGCAGAGAAGCAGCGCCGGGACCUGGGUGAGGAGCUGGAGGCACUGCGGGGAGAGUUAGAGGACACGCUGGACUCUACCAAUGCGCAGCAGGAGCUCCGGUCCAAGAGGGAGCAGGAGGUGACGGAGUUGAAAAAGGCUCUGGAGGAGGAGACACACAUUCAUGAGGUGGCAGUGCAGGAGCUGAGGCAGCGCCAUGGCCAGGCACUGGGAGAGCUGGCUGAGCAGCUGGAGCAGGCUCGGAGGGGCAAAGCUGCAUGGGAGAAGACCCGGCUGGCCCUGGAGGCUGAGGUGUCUGAGCUGCGGAUGGAGCUGAGCAGCCUGCAGACUGCACGUCAGGAGGGUGAACAGCGGAGGCGCCGCCUGGAGUCCCAGCUGCAGGAGGUGCAGGGCCGGGCUGGAGAUGGGGAGCGGGCACGAGUGGAGGCUGCUGAGAAGCUGCAGCGAGCCCAGGCUGAACUUGAGAAUGUGUCUGGGGUGCUGAGUGAGGCUGAGUCCAAAGCCAUCAGGCUGAGCAAGGAGCUAAGCAGCACGGAAGCCCAGCUACAUGAUGCCCAGGAGCUGCUGCAGGAGGAGACCAGGGCGAAGCUGGCCUUGGGGUCCCGGGUGCGAGCCAUGGAGGCUGAGCUGGCAGGGCUGCGGGAGCAGCUGGAGGAGGAAGCAGCUGCCAGGGAGCGGGUGGGCCGUGAGCUGCAGACCUCGCAGGUGCAGCUCUCAGAGUGGAGGCGGCGCCAGGAGGAGGAGGCAGGGUUGCUGGAGGCAGGGGAGGAGGCCCGGCGCCGGGCGGCCCGCGAGGCUGAGACCCUGACCCAGCGCCUGGCAGAAAAGACAGAGGUAGUGGAGCGGCUGGAGCGGGGCCGCCGCCUGCUGCAGCAGGAGCUGGAUGACGCCACCGUGGACCUGGAGCAGCAACGGCAGCUCGUGAGCACGCUGGAGAAGAAGCAGCGCAAGUUCGACCAGCUCCUGGCAGAGGAGAAGGCAGCUGUACUGCGAGCGGUGGAAGAACGUGAGCGGGUCGAGGCAGAGGGCCGAGAGCGUGAGGCCCGGGCCCUGUCCCUGACACGGGCACUGGAAGAGGAGCAGGAGGCACGUGAGGAGCUGGAGCGCCAGAACCGGGCAUUGCGGGCCGAGCUGGAGGCGCUGCUGAGCAGCAAGGAUGAUGUCGGCAAGAGCGUGCAUGAACUGGAACGAGCCCGCCGGGUGGCGGAACAAGCAACCAAUGACCUGCGAACACAAGUGACAGAACUGGAAGAUGAGCUGACAGCAGCCGAGGAUGCCAAGCUGCGCCUGGAGGUGACUGUGCAGGCUCUCAAGACACAGCACGAGCGUGACCUGCAGGGCCGCGACGAGGCUGGUGAGGAGAGGCGGAGGCAGCUGGCCAAGCAGCUGAGGGAUGCAGAGGUGGAGCGGGAUGAGGAACGGAAGCAGCGUGCUCUGGCUGUGGCCGCCCGCAAGAAGCUGGAGGCAGAACUGGAGGAACUGAAGGCUCAGACAGAAGCUGCUGGGCAGGGCAAGGAGGAGGCAGUGAAGCAGCUUCGCAAGAUGCAGGUCCAGGUAAAAGAGCUAUGGCGGGAGGUGGAGGAGUCACGCAGCUCCCGGGAGGAAAUCUUUGUCCAGAACCGGGAGAGUGAGAAACGCCUCAAGGGGCUGGAGGCUGAGGUGCUACGACUGCAGGAGGAACUGGCUGCCUCAGAUCGCGCCCGGCGGCAGGCUCAGCAGGAUCGGGAUGAGAUGGCAGAUGAGGUGGCCAACGGCAACCUUAGCAAGGCAGCCAUUCUGGAGGAGAAGCGUCAGCUGGAGGGGCGCCUGGGGCAGAUGGAAGAGGAACUGGAGGAGGAGCAAAGCAACGCAGAACUGCUCAAUGACCGCUACCGCAAGCUGCUCCUGCAGGUAGAGUCAUUGACCACAGAGUUGUCUGCUGAACGCAGUUUCUCAGCUAAGGCAGAAAGUGGGCGGCAGCAGCUGGAACGACAGAUCCAGGAGCUACGGGGACGCCUGGGUGAGGAGGAUGCUGGGGCUCGGGCCCGCCACAAGAUGAUCAUUGCUGCCCUUGAGUCUAAGCUGGCACAGGCUGAGGAGCAGUUGGAACAGGAGAGCAGAGAACGCAUCCUCUCUGGUAAGCUGGUGCGCAGAGCUGAGAAGCGGCUUAAAGAGGUGGUGCUCCAGGUGGAGGAAGAGCGGAGAGUGGCCGAUCAGCUCCGGGACCAGCUGGAGAAAGGAAACCUUCGAUCGAAGCAGCUGAAGCGGCAGUUAGAGGAGGCUGAAGAGGAAGCUUCCCGGGCUCAGGCCGGCCGUCGGAGGCUGCAGCGUGAGCUGGAGGAUGUCACAGAGUCAGCUGAGUCUAUGAACCGCGAGGUGACCACGCUGAGGAACCGGCUCCGACGCGGUCCCCUCACCUUCACCACACGCACAGUGCGGCAGGUCUUCCGACUGGAGGAGGGUGUGGCAUCCGAUGAGGAGGCUGAGGAGGCAGAGCCGGGGUCUGGGCCACCACCCCCAGAGUCUGACAGCCCCCCACCAGCCCAGUCCCAGUGAUCUCACCCUGCACCCAGAUGCACUAAUGGACAGGGCCUGGGCCCAUCCCUCCCUUGCCCCCAUGGGCACCUAUCCCAGGAACUCUGCCCUCUGCCUUAUUGCACUUUGGAAAUGGUGCCACCCUCUGGCACUUUGGCAUUUAUCAACUCCACCCUGUGCCCCCUGAGAUCUCCCAUCAACCAAUGACCCCUAAACACAGAGGAGCAAACCAGGUAGGGAGGCAAGGACUGGGCUCUUUUGCUUGGGGGAAGAUUGGAUGUAAUUGGCAAGAUGUGGCCCCAUCAGCUCCCUGUCCUUUCUUCAGUUGUUAAUGACCUAUAUAUAUUAGAAAGGGAGCAAGGUGGGCUCCCCAUUUGCUCUGCUCCUCUCUGUCUCUGUCUCUCUGUUUGUUCCUCUCUCAUGGUCUGUCUUUCUCUCUAAGUCUCUCUCCCUCUCUUUCUCUUCUCUCUCCAUGUAACCGCUCUCCUCCCUCCAUUUCUGCCCCCACCAUUGAACUUCUAAGUGACAGGCCUCCACCAGCGUUGGACCCUUACAAAGGGGUGGGAUAAGGGCACUCCUCUCGUUUCCUCUCCCUCCCCAGACUCUGCUCUCCUAUCUGGAUGCUUUGUGUGAUCUUGUUUGGAGUUUGCUGUGGGAUCUGGAGGAGUCUCCCUUACACUCUCAGCCUCCA